UAUAGAGAGAGAAUGUCAUCAAGGACACCACCUCCACCUCCUAUCGUGGUAGCAUCCACAGAGUACACUGCGGCAAAGAGGAAGAGUGUUUUGUCAAAGAGGUUCAGGGUGCAGACAGAGAGUGAUAGACAAGUUUUGAGACAGUGUCAGAUUGCUACACAUAUAGAUCAGCUGGAGAAUGACAAUGAGAUCGCUCAAGACCUAGACGAUGACGAUGACUACGUCGACGACGACGAUGAUAUGGUCUACUCUACUCCAAAGAACAAGAGAAAGAUAAAUAGGGAUCGCGAACGCAAGAAGCAUGAGACAAAGAUCAUGUCAUUCCCUCUGGUCCUUGAGAAAUCUUACCUGGACACACACCCUUCACACGUGCCAACAUAUCUGUCGGUACAAUCUGCUCCAUCGAUCUAUCCUCCACGACACUUUUGUUCGAUAUGUGGAGGCAUUGGAAACUACUCGUGCAAGCAGUGCACCAUGCGAUACUGCAGUCCUGGAUGUUAUGUCGUCCAUAACGAGAAUAGAUGUAGGCGAGCUGCCACUGCUAACUAC